GAGUGGUUGGAGCCUCUCAAAGGAGGAGGCCAAGGUUUACAUAGGUGUGUCUUAACUUAAGGUGACAUUUAUUUAAGGGUUUAGAUGCCACUCUUUGUGACCAUCCCCCAGAACACACAAACAGGAUUCUGCAGAGCCGCUGCACCUAAAAGCAGCGGAGAGAAGGACUGGAGUGGUGGAUGUUAAGUUGUUAUGCACAGGACGAUGGCGAGAGUGUUUGGCUUGCUGUUUCUGUUAUUCCUAGCCGUGAUUCUAGGAACUAAUGCCGAGGCAAGUAAAAAAAGAAGGAGGAAGAGGGAGUGGAUCCUUCCUCCUGCUAUGCUUAUGGAAGGAAAGGACUACACUAACAGAGAAUAUAUUGCCAAGAUCCGCUCAGACAUGGACGUAAGAGACAAAGUGGAAUACUCUCUUACUGGAGAAGGAGCUGACAAGCCACCCUAUAACCGGUUCACUGUAGACGCAGCCACCGGCUUUGUACGCAUCCAUGAUAUCUUGGACCGAGAGGAAAGAGCGUGCUACAAUCUUUUAGGAAUAGCCAAGUACAGAAACGGGAGCGAGGCUGAAGAUCACAUCCCACUGAGGGUCAUUGUUGGGGAUGUGAACGACAAUGAGCCAACUAUAAGGUUGCAUGAAGGCAACACCACAGAAUCCAGUGAAAAAGGAACAUUUAUCAUGCAAGUGGAAGGUGAAGAUGCUGACGAAGAGGGAACUGUUAAUGCUAAAAUGGCCUAUGCAAUAAUAAACCAAGAACCCAAAGGCCAUGGGAAUAUGUUCAAUAUAGACAGGCAUACAGGCAAAUUAUACGUCAAAGAGCCUACAUUGGACAGAGAGACGAUUGACUUCUAUACACUCACUAUAGAGGCAACUGAUAUGGGUGGGGCUAAAGAUGGGAAUAAAGGGACAGGAUCCGUAAAGAUCAAGGUGUUGGACAUCAAUGACAAUGUGCCCGAAUUGGAGCAAGAGGAGUAUGAUGGUACAGUGGACGAGAAUGUUGCUGAUGUUGUUGUGAUGAGAAUCAAAGCCAUAGAUAAAGAUUUGGAGCACACAGGCAACUGGCUGGCGGUAUUUAAUAUCAUCCAGGGAAACGAAGAUGGCCUCUUCUCAAUUGAAACAGAUAACAAAACGAACGAGGGUAUCCUUAAACUGAUAAAGUCUGUGGACUUUGAAGAACUCCAGAAGCUCGAGCUGGGAUUGAAUAUUUCGAAUGUGAACCCUUUCAUCAGUGGCAUUCAUGCCGUAUCUAUGGAGGUGCCAGUGGAGAUUGGGGCUGGUGGACCAGUUGCUGCUGGUGCUGGGGCUGGUGCUGGGGCUGGUGCUGGGGCUGGUGCUGGGGCUGGUGCUGGGGCCGGGGCCGGGGCCGGGGCCGGGGCCGGGGCCGGGGCCGGGGCCGGGGCUGGAGUGGGCUUAGGUGCAGAUUUAGAUGUAGAUUUGGGUGUGGAUAUAGGACUAGAUAUUGGACUCAAUCCUGAUUUGGGACUUGGACUGAAACCAGGACCAGGGCUUGGACUAGGACUAGGACCAGGACCAGGGCUUGGACUAGGACUAGGACCAGGACCAGGACCAGGGCUUGGAGUUGGGAUAGGGCUCAAACCUGGGGGAAAACCUAGGCCCAAAAAGAAAAAACCAAAGAGCUAUCCAGUUAAGAUCUCCGUCAACAAUAUGCCUGAGACCCCCGUUUUCAAACCCAGCACAAAGCUAGUUCCUGUGUCAGAGGACCCCAAUUUGAUGACAGAGGACGGAGUGAUUGUAGCGUACCCUGCCACUGAUCCAGACACAGGGAAAAAUGCUGAAAAUGUCAGAUAUGCCAAAAUCUAUGAUCCAGACAAUUGGGUAUCAAUUGAUGGAGAAACUGCUGAGAUCAGACUCAACAAAGUCCCAGACAGAGAGUCAAAGUUUAUAGUCAAUGGAAGCUACGUUGCCAAGAUACUCUGCAUGACCCAAGACAACCCAUCUAAGACAUCAACCGGAACGAUAGCUAUUCAUGUGUUCGAUUCAAAUGACCACUGCCCUACGCUGACAACCAGAAAAGAUUCUGUGUGCUCUGAUGAAAAGACGGUAUACAUCACCGGCUUUGAUGAGGACGUGAAGCCCAAUGGGGCUCCUCUGAGCUUUAGAAUUGUCCCUGAAGGAACGCGUGGCGAUUGGGACAUUGAAAUAAUCAACGAGACCACCGCAGCACUCCACUCCCAUGAGUGGCUUUGGCCCGGGGUCUACAAGCUUGAGGUGGAGGUAGCAGAUGAGCAGGGCCUAUCCUGCCCUGACAAUGAGGAAUUUGAGCUGGAGGUCUGCACCUGUGGACCAUCGCAGCAUUGUGUGCCAAAAACAGCAGAAAGAAUUGGCCAGACCACAUCCACACAGCUCUCUGCCCCAGCACUCGGACUACUUCUUUCUGUUAUGUGUCUGCUUCUGUUCAUCCCUUUAUUGCUCCUGUUCUGCCAGUGUGGUGGCGCAAACUAUAUCUUCCCCGAACAAUUUGCCGACCUACCAUUUGACGCAAAAGAGCACCUCAUAUCCUAUCAUACAGAGGGAAAAGGCGAUGACAAGGAGGUUCCUCUUCAAAGUAUCCCAAUCAUGAUGGGGUCACAAAAGACCAAAGGGGCCAUACAGGCAAAAGAAUUCAAUAUGGUCUCCUCAACAAUAACGGCAUCUCAUGAAACAAAUUACGAAUCAAGAACUCACAAUGCAAACCAGAGUUUGAUGGACGUGGACAAUGCUUUUGGUACCUCAAGUGAUCCAUUCGACCUUCGAUAUGCCAGUGCAUCAUUCAGCGGACACACAAUGACAAGGUCACAAAUGCAUGCCUCAGACAUGUAUGAGGAAAUAGCCCUUCCUGACAUUUUCCUUGAUGACUACUACUCCCAGAAAGCGCAAUGUGCUCUCCCAAUGAAGGACAGUCUGUUGGUAUUUGACUAUGAGGGCCAGGGAUCCCCUGCCGGGUCCGUGGGCAGUGGCAGCCUUGUGGAAUCUGAUGAUGACCUGCAAUUCCUUGAUGACCUUGGAGCAAAAUUCAAGACCCUUUCUGAAAUCUGCAUUCCUAAAAUGCCCGAGCCACCUGCAUCCAAAGUUGAACAUGAUUUCAAACAAACGGUUAAUCGUACCAUUGAGACACCUAUUGUAAAGCCAAAAAUAGAGCAUGGGAACAAGACCAUCGAUGUAAAAAUGACUACAGUAAACAAAAUCUCUUCCGCCAGUAAUGUUAAUAUUUCCAAAUCAUCAAGGAACACCUUAAAUACUUCCCGGCAGUCCCAAAAGCAAUCACCCUCAACUAGCACUAGCUCUCAAGUCACCAACGUUAAAAACAUUCAGUCUGCCCCCUUUUCCCCUCCCGGUCAGAUGGUUAUGUACCAACAGCAACCUAUAUACUAUGCGACCAUGCCUAUGAUGCAGCCUUUGCAAUACAUUCCUAUGGGCCAACCCCAGCUUCAGAAUAUGCUAUUUGCUGGGUCCGCUACAGGGUCCGUUGGGGCACAGAGUGUAUUUGUAGUCAAUGGAUCUCAGAACCCACUCCCUGGAAUGGUGAUGAAUGAUGUCAAAGGCUCUGCAGGCUCUUCAGUAGUCUCAUCAAGUGCAGUCAGCCCCACAGUGUUUGCACUACCAGGGAGCCCUGGAAGUCCAAGCUGGAAUAUGAUCGCACCAGGGGCUGGUGGGGCCUAUACAUUUGUGGAGGCUAAGAUCAGUUCAAGUGGGGCACAAGGGUUAAGCCCUUUGUCAGCUCAUGGUACUUUACCCGGUGGUGAAUUAGUUGGCCCUACAAUGAUGCAGGGCAAUCCAAACUGGAAUCUAACUGCACCAGGGGCUGGUGGGGCCUAUACACUUGUAGAGACUAAGCUCAGUUCAAGGGAGGCACAAGGGUUAAGCUCUGUGUCAUCCCAGGGUACUUUACCCAGAGGUGAAUUAGUCAGCCCUACAAUUCUGAUGCAGGGCAGCCCAAGCUUGAAUCUAAUGGCACCAGGGGCUGGUGGGGCCUAUACACUUGUGGAGACUAAGCUCAGUUCAAGGGAGGCACAAGGGUUAAGCCUUGUGUCAGCCCAGGGUACUUUAACCAGAGGUGAAUUUGUCAGCCCUACAACGCUGAUGCAGGGCAGUCCAAGCUUGAAUCUGAUUGCACCAGGUUCAUCUCAAGUGUCAUCUCAGGGUAAUUUGCCAGGAGGUGGCAACUUGGUAAAAGAGGCUGCUCCCCCUCAGUGGGCAUUAAGCAAAGCAGCCAAGGUCGGUGUAAAUGGCAUUCUGCCAGAACAUACCAUUAGUACAGCGGGGCAAGUUAAUUUUAAAAAUAAUGUAGGGGUUGAUUUGGUUGGGAAUACAGGAGAGAUAAUGUUGGAGUCAUGUAGGGAAGUUGUGCCUUGUGCUAAGCAGUCAGGGGAAGGCAAUUUUUGGGCUCGGGAGUUGCAGAUUGCAGAGGCUGAAGUUUGUCCAGCUGACAUUAGCCAUUCAGUACCAGAAACGUUAAUUUCUUUACAAAAUGAGCUCACUCCCAGGCCAGUGGAUACAGAAGAAUCAGCGCAAACUUUUGAGUCUUCAGAUACAAAUUUAAAGAAAAAAAUACCACUUGAUAACCCUGUUCAUUCCAAUACGGAAAUCUGUGAACCUCUCGAAGACUCAUUAGAAUUUAAAGGAAUGUCUAUAUCCGAGCGUAAAACACUGGAAGAUGAUGUGAGUCUAGUAGUAAUAGAGUCAACUCAGCACGUCACACCCACAUCUGUCAUGGCCGUGUCUGGAGAGUUUAAAGUAAACAUUCAGGAAUCCCUUUCAGAUGUAAUACUCCAGGAGACAGAAACACACACACUGGGAGAGGAAAAUGCUGAUCAUGGUUCCCCACUGAAUGAAACUAUGUCCAACCAACAGAAAAACCAAAUACCAGAGGAGCCAUGUGAUCAAUUAACAAUUAUACAAAGUCCAAUUACCGAAGAAGCGUUGAUGGGGAUCCCCAAAGAAGAACCAGAGCUCUUAUUACCCUCUCCGAGUCUCUCAGAAGAUGCACCGAUUGUUGCAGAAGUGUCCCCAAUAGAAGGUUCCUUGGAUUUGGCUGAUAUGGCAGAUAGCACAUUAUUGCUUACUCCAGAAGAUGAAUUAGGUUUGCCUGUAAAGUACCAAGAAAUAUUGCAGUAUCAAGAAGCUGAUGAACAUGUAGUAACUAGUGAAGCUAAUGAGCUUAUACUUGAGAAAGUGCAGAGUAAACCUUGCAUCCCUCCAAAUUCAAAUGAUUCCACAGCCUUUAGAUGUGCCAUUGAAUGUGCAGAUGAUGAAUCAGAAGGAUUUGAGAAUGACCCGAAGAGCAGACAAAUUGUUGAGAAUAUUAACGAAAUCCAAGCUUCAGCUCUUGAUGAGGGGGUAAACAUUGAAGACAAAGCAAUCAUUGCGCCUCCCUUAAACCAGAUAGACACAGAUACCGAAAAGGAUUCACAGGAGGCUAGCGACAGUGAGGAGAAUGCAAUGCCUGAAUUGCAGUUGGAUCAACGUUUAGAAGACAAUAUGUGCAAAGGUCAUGCAAUAGAGUAUUUUGAUGAGGUAAAUGCAAAGGCAACAUCACUGCAAAAUCGGACUCAGUUGAAUACUGUCUCAGAUGAUCAAAGAGAAGAUUGUGACAGUGAUUGCAUGUUAGAAUCAGCUCAAUUAAUAGCUGAUGAAAGCAUUGAAGAAGAAGUUAAGGGAUCCCUCAAUGACAUGACAAUGUUAGAACAAUAUCAGCACACUGUGGACAUUACUGGUAUUUGCUCAGAGAAGACUAGCUUAGAGUUGAAUAUAGCACAAAACGUGGCAAUGAAACCCGACAUGCACUUAUCAAUUGAUGAGGUGAAAGAAGGCAGUCUGACAUCGAAGCUUGACUCCCCAGUUCCCCAAACAUGCUCAGAUAUCAAAGAGAAUGACACUAAAAUGAAUGUUCAGGUAGAAGAGUACAACAUGCUGGCAGAAAAACUUGAUAGUGAUGCUGUUGAAUACCAGGAAUUACCUAAAUAAUUAUCUCAAUCACCAGGUUGUCAGGCAUUGAUGAAUUUGAAUCAGGUAGGAGGACGUCAGAUGUUUGGAAGAUGAAGCAGAAAGAGGUGAACCCAAUCAUGGUUUGGUAACUGCAAAUUAUUCUGAGUGACAAGAGAUAAUUUGCGAAAUAAUCGAAAGGCCAGCUAUAGUUGACACAUUGCUGACAUUGCGAAAGAUUGCCAACAGACACGGGGACAGAUUUAGACAUUGACUUAGUCGAUUAGCUUUAAGGAUGGACAAAAUGUAUAAUCAACUAUUUAGUACUUUCCCUUUCUCUUGCAAUAUACAAGGCAAUUACAAUGUGGAGUUGGAGAAGGUGGUGUGGGUGUAUUCUGACUUUAUUCUGCAUUCAUAUAAUCAAUUAUUUGCUGGUCAAGUGUGAAGUGUAUUGAGUGCCAGAGCAUAUUUUUUUUCAGUAAUUUCAAAUUUAUUCAGAUGUACUUUAAGGGAUUUUUUCCAUCUUUGUUUUUGUAUAUCAUUUGGUAAACAUUUGUGUGCUUGAUGUUUCUUUUGUGAAGAAUUUUAACUUUGUUUUGAAACAAGUGCCUUUAAUAAAACAUAACUUUGUCACACCUCUGUGCAAAUCUUUACUGCAUCGAGAUUCUGGUUAUUAUGCAUUUAACUAUUUGUGUUCUCGUCAGUGCAAAAUGUAUUAAAGACUAAACGACUCAAAGUAAA